CGUCCGCUACAACCACGAAACCGAUGCUGCCCUCUGGCACUGGGGCAACCACAGUAACGCGAACAAUGAAUUUUAUUUUCGCUAUCCAACUGUCAAACUGGAGGAGUGCGGACACUGAUGGAUGAGGGAUGGAAGUUAGACAUCCAGCAGGACUUCCCAGCAGGAAGGGAAAAUUGAGAAGAAAGCUAAAAGGGAAGAGGGUCUUGAGCAUGGAGGGGUGGGGCCUGACUGCCGCAGGGCAGGGUGUAGGUUGGACUUUUGUCUGACCAGCUGGAAGGGACUGAGGGACAGGACGAAUGAGUAGGGGCACAGAGAGAGUAAAUUAGAGCAGAAGGUUCUAAUCCCUUGCCUGACAUGGGUGCAGCAGGGAUAGUCUGGGUCCCACUGCCAAGCUGACCAGCUCCGUGCAGGUGGCUUGCAGCUGGGAGGCCCUACCAUGCCUGGGGAGUUUUAUAGGCCUGGCCCCCGCUCAGGGCGGCCCUGGCUGGUGAGAGCUAGGGCACCAGCAGGGUGGCUGUUUGGUUUAUGAGUCAGGUGUAGCCAGAGCAGCCCAAUGCCCUCCCCAUACCCCUGCAGGCUUCCAGGACGUGCACACCAUGGUCUUCCUCGGCUUCGGCUUCCUCAUGGUCUUCCUGCAGCGCUACGGCUUCAGCAGCGUGGGCUUCACCUUCCUCCUGGCCGCCUUUGCCCUGCAGUGGUCCACACUGGUCCAGGGUUUCCUCCACUCAUUCCACGGUGGCCACAUCCACGUCGGCGUGGAGAGCAUGAUCAACGCUGACUUCUGCGCCGGAGCCCUGCUCAUCUCCUUCGGUGCCGUCCUGGGCAAGACUGGGCCUGUGCAGCUGUUGCUCAUGGCCUUGUUGGAGGUGGUGCUGUUUGGCAUCAACGAGUUUGUGCUGCUCGAUCUCUUGGGGGUGAAAGAUGCUGGCGGCUCAAUGACCAUCCACACGUUCGGUGCCUACUUCAGGCUGGUCCUCUCCUGGGUCCUCUACAGGCCCCGGCUGGAGAAGAGCAAGCACCGCCAGAGCUCCAUCUACCAUUCAGACCUUUUUGCCAUGAUUGGGACCAUCUUCCUGUGGAUCUUCUGGCCUAGCUUCAAUUCUGCGCCCACGUCACUGGGGGACACGCAGCACCGGACAGCCCUCAACACCUACUACUCCCUGACCGCCAGUACGCUCAGCACCUUUGCCCUGUCGGCACUUGUCAGCGGGGACGGGCGGCUCCACAUGGCCCACAUCCAGAAUGCUGCUCUGGCCGGAGGGGUUAUGGUGGGGACAGCAGGUGAAAUGAUGCUGACGCCCUUUGGGGCCCUGGCAGCUGGCUUCUUGGCUGGGACAGUCUCCACGCUGGGGUACAAGUUCUUCACGCCCAGCCUUGAGUCCAAAUUCAAAGUCCAAGACACUUGUGGGGUCCACAACCUCCACGGAAUGCCAGGGGUCCUAGGGGCCCUCCUGGGGGUCCUUGUGACUGUACUGGCCACUCACGAAGCUUACGGUGAUGGCCUGGAGGACGUGUUUCCACUGAUAGCUGAGGGUCAGCGCAGCACCACGUCACAGGCCGUGCACCAGCUCUUUGGGCUGUUUGUCACACUGGCGUUUGCUUUUGUGGGUGGGAGUCUUGUUGGGCUCCUGUUGAAGCUGCCCAUACUGGACUCUCCCCCAGACUCCCAGUGCUACGAGGACCAGAUUUACUGGGAGGUGCCAGGUGAGCAUGAGGAUGAAACCCAACGACCUCUGAACAUGGAGGAGCCAGACACUCAGGCCUAAUGUGCUGCUAGCUCUGCAGAGGACAGCCUGCUUUUAGAAGGCAGUGGAAAGCUGCAGCUUAGCUGUAGAACACUUGCCUAGCGUGCAUCAGGACCUGGGUUCGAUCCCCAGCACUGCAGCAAGAUGAUGAUGAUAUUUGGCUUCUUCUACGGGGAAUCCCUUUUUAGCUCCCUCAUCUCCUGCUUCAAGGAAGAAGCUAUGAGCCAGAAGAAGCCACCUGUCCCUAAAAUACACCAUCCCCCAUGGGAAAAGGGUAGAGGACAGGGAUGUCACUGCCCUGCCAGCCUGCACAUGUGGUGAGAAGGGCCUACAGUGAAGUGCCCGGGGGACUGCCAAUCCGUGGGCUCAGUGUCACAGUGACUGUGAAGCCUGAGGCGGGCCCCAGCUGUCUGGGGGUGAUAAACACCGUGGUCACCAAGGA